AAUCUGGGUCUUUCGUAGUUUUCCCAUAAGAUGAACUCCGCAAUCCGCACAUGCCAAAGCCCUCUGCCUGUGGCUCCAGGGCGUCUCUCCUCUGCAAGCAGAGUUCACAUAAGCUUAAGCCACGGCUCUCUCAGUGUUUCCCUGAGUUCCAAGGGAAGCCACUUGGUUUCACGUCCAUCAUAUGUGAAGUGUACGGUCGAGGUCGAGAGAUUCUCAGAGGGGUCCAGGAUGAAAGAGGAGAACGGGAAGAACAAUAUAGUGAGAGGAGCGGGAAGAGCUUCUCUAGUGCUGGCUUGUGUUCUUGGGGCCUUCAACUCAGUGGUAAGAUGAACACCAAGCCCAAUUUAGCCUAUGCUGCUUCGACGCAACAUCGAAGCCAAGGUCCUGUGCUUAGCCUGACGAGCAAUUUCAACACAGAGGAACCUGAAAGAAGUGAUAUUGAAAACCUCAAGCUGUUUGCAAUGUCUCUAUCACAGAACGGGCGCAAAGAUGCAGCGGAGUCAAUAAUGAGGUGUGAAUGUAAUAAGUGGAAGGGCACGUCCAGUUCAAACCAACUCAAAGUCGCGCUCAUUGAAUUGCUCUUGUAUCAGGGGAAAUACCAAGAAGCGAAAGAAACCAUUCAGGACCUAAUGAAGGAUAUGGCCGAUCUGCCGCCGGAAAAAGUUUAUUUUCUCAAGGCUAUUGCAGAAUCUGCAACUGACAAAGCAAAGGCAGCACAAUCCUGGGAAGAAUACCACCGCAAAACUUCGGAGGAGACUUUACCGUACAGUGCACCUAUGGUAGAGAAAGGAAAGGACCAGCAGCAGAGGUACCUCCAUCGUUUAUGUAUUACAUUGGACAAAGGUGAUCAUUUUGGAUUUCUUUGCCCUCAUCGCAUGACGGAAAAAGAGAAUACUCCUGAAAUAAGAUCCUGGUAUCUCCAACAAUGAAUAUGUGAAGUUAAAAAGGAUAUUUUCAUAGCUUCAUAUGUGCCUUUGUAAGGAUCAAUUUACGAUUGACAAUUUUUUUGUUAAAUGUAGACUUCUUUUGAUAUCUCACUAUAUUUUAUAGAAACCAC